AUGGAAAGACAUUACGCAUUUUUUGUGAUUUUUUUCCUUAUACUAUAUCGUCUUCAAGCUGAUCCAAUAGGAUUCAUCAAUGUGGAUUGUGGUUUGUCCAUUCAAGAAUCUCCUUAUCAAGAAUCAUCUACCGGACUAACAUAUACAUCAGAUGACGGUUUAAUCCAAAGAGGAAAAUCCGGAAAAAUCGCGAAGGAAUUCGAACCAUCGUACAAUAAACCGGAGUUGACGCUUAGAUACUUUCCGGACGGAGUACGAAACUGCUACAAUGUGAAUGUCACAAGGGGCACAAAGUAUCUAAUCAAGACUUCCUUCGUAUAUGGAAACUAUGAUGGUCUUAAUCUUGUUCCCGAUUUCGAUCUUCACAUUGGUCCGAAUUUGUGGUUAACGGUGAAGGCUGAUGAUUCUAUCAAUGAGCUCAUCCACCUUUCAAGAUCUAACUCUUUGCAGGUGUGUCUGGUUAAGACAGGAGCAAGUACACCUAUGAUAAAUUCAUUGGAACUACGACCACUGAAAAAUGAUAUAUACAUCACUGAAAGUGGCUCGCUCAAGUACCUUUAUCGAGCAUUUUUUAGCAAUUUAAAGGGCUAUAUAGAGUACCCCGAUGAUGUCUAUGAUCGUAUAUGGCAUCAGAUCUCACCUUCGAAGGAGUUGAAGCUUUUGACUACGACCCUCCAAGUAAACACUUCUAACGAUUAUGAUCUACCGCAACGUGUAAUAUCAACGGCUGUUACACCCAUAGAUGAUAAGGCAACGACGUUGGAGAUUCCUUGGACAUUGGAGAGUCCCACUUCAAAGUUUUACUUAUUCAUGCAUUAUGCAGAGCUUAAAGCUUUACAAGCCAACGAAACGAGGGAAUUCAGUGUGACGAUGAAUGGAAACGUUACACUUGAAUCUUAUAGUCCUAAGUUUUUAAGAAUGCAAACUGUUUUCAGUAAAGCACCAAAGCAAUGCGAUGGAGGGAAAUGCUUGUUGCAGCUAGUGAAAACGUCAAAGUCAACUCUGCCUCCUCUUAUUAACGCUAAUGAGGUUUUCACUGUGAUUGAUUUCUCACAAUUUGAAACAAAUGGAGAUGAAGUGAUUGCUAUCAAGAAUAUUCAAUCUACUUAUGGAUUGAGUAGAAUCAACUGGCAAGGAGAUCCAUGUGUCCCCAAAAAGUUAUUGUGGGAUGGUUUAAACUGCAACAACUCAAAUAUUUCUAUGCCACCGAUGAUCACUUCCUUAAACUUGUCUUCAAGUGGAUUGACUGGGAUCAUCACGCUGACCAUUCAGGAUCUAACCCAUCUCCAAGAGUUGGACUUGUCAAAUAACAACUUGAUCGGAGGUGUGCCUGAAUUUCUAGCUGAUAUGAAAUCGCUUUUGGUCAUAAACUUAAGUGGGAAUAAUCUUAGUGGCUUAGUUCCUCAAAAGCUUUUAGAGAAGAAGAUGUUAAAAAUGAACAUUGAAGGCAAUCCAAAGCUUCAUUGCCCGGUGGGCUCAUGCGUAAGCAAAGCUAAAGAGGGUGGACAACAGAAAAAGAGCAUUGUUGCUGUUAAAAUGCUCACCCAUUCAUCUGCUCUAGGAUACAAACAGUUUAAAGCUGAGGUGGAACUUCUUCUUAGAGUACAUCACAAGAACUUGGUCGGUCUUGUUGGAUAUUGUGAAGAAGGAGAUAAAUUGGCUCUCAUCUACGAAUACAUGGCUAAUGGAGACUUAGAUGAGCAUAUGUCAGGAAAACGUGGUGGUUCUACACUGGAUUGGGGAACUAGGCUAAAAAUAUCUGUCGAGUCUGCACAAGGAUUGGAGUACUUGCAUAACGGAUGCAAACCCCUAAUGGUUCAUAGAGAUGUCAAAACCACAAAUAUAUUAUUGAAUGAACACUUUGAAACCAAAAUUGCUGAUUUUGGUCUCUCAAGAUCAUUUCCGGUAGAAGGGGAAACUCAUGUAUCAACAGUUGUUGCUGGAACUAUUGGAUACCUCAAUCCUGAAUAUUACCGAACAAAUUGGUUGACAGAGAAGAGUGAUGUGUAUAGUUUUGGAGUUGUAUUACUGGCGAUCAUUACAAACCAACCCGUGAUUGACCAAAAUCGUGUAAAGCGACACGUGGGAGAGUGGGUGGGGGUAAUGCUUACCAAAGGAGACAUCAAAAGCAUUAUAGAUCCAAAUCUCCGUGGAGAUUAUGACUCUGGUUCUGCAUGGAAAGUUGUUGAACUAGCAAUGUCCUGUUUAAAUCCUUCUUCGGUGACAAGACCGACAAUGUCUCAAGUUGUUUUCGAACUGAAAGAGUGUUUGGUGUCUGAAAACUUGAGGGGAGGAGAGAGCCAGGAAAUGCAUUCGCAAAGUUCUAGAGAAGUGAGCAUGACCUUUGGAACUGAAGUGAACCCUACACCUCGGUAG